ACAACAAAAUUAAAAAAGAACAAAACGCCACCUGUACUGGUGUUUUAUUUGCUGUUAAAAAUUUACAUAAAAAAUGCAACCCUGUGACCUCAAGGUAAGCAAUGAAAAAGCAGGAACUGAUUUCCUGACAUUGAAAGGUCACUACAAUGAAAUGUGGCUUCUCUGAUCUCACAGUACUUUAUAAAUGUGUUUCAGUUUCUUUCUGUUGCACCUUAUUUUUUUCCUUUACUGAGACAAUAUAAUUUAGCCUAUUUUUAAGAGCAGUAAAAAAACCAAUGGAAAUUAACAUUUAUCGGUCUCACCUACUGCGAAUAUCCACCCCCUCAAUCUCCUAAGGUAGUUUCAGGUUGUUACAACCUAAAUGCUACAUUCAGCUAUUUUAUAUACCACAGUUUCCACAUUCAUCUCACACAUCAAGUAAAAACAUUAACCUUAAUCAGUUUGUACAUUACAUGGUUUUUCUUCCAUGACAGGCUUUUCUUCCUGUGAGCAGGCUGUCAAGUGGAAAGAAGAAAACAGAAAAUUUUUAGAGUGCUCAUUUUACAGAAUUUUAAGUCCUCUGAGAAUUUCAACCCUUUUCUGAUGUAUGUAAAGACAACUUAAGAGAAUUAAUUUACCAUGAAGCAUAUGUUUAGAGUUGUAUUUUGUGCUGUUGACUCGGUUCUCCCUCUACAGUCUACAAGUUAAUUAGCAAGCCAAGGGGCCUUCACUGUGUCCAAAUCUUGGGAAGAGAAUACCUGUCUUUACAAGAGGAGUGAAAAAUUGAAUACAGCAGCAAACUUUCUCAGUCUUGAGGAAAUUUGUUCCAUCUACAGAAUGGGAAGACCUUUGUUUUUGUAUGUAUUUUUAUUCUACUGGCAUUUCCUAAAUGCUUUAUUUACUGUUGAAGCUCCUCAGUCACUCUGCGUUGUGGAACGUGGGAACAAUGUGACCAUGGAAUGCACAUUUCCAGUGAAUGGGAAAUUAGAGUUUAGAGAUUUAAGUGUCAGCUGGGAAAAGAAAGAUGAGUUGAAGCAGGUUUAUGUACUUCACAAAGGAAAGGAAGACUUAAAAAAUCAGCACAUUGACUUUAAGGGAAGAAUAAAAUUGUUGAAAGAGAAUCUGAACUUGGGACGGUCUCUCCUUCAGAUCACUGAUGUGAAGCUCAGAGAUGCAGGGGUUUACCGCUGUGUUAUUGCCUAUGGGGGAGCUGACUACAAGACAAUCCAUCUGAAAGUUAAGGCUCCUUACAGAAUUAUAAACCAAGGAGUUGUGAGCACAGGACACAAUGAAUGGAGGUUGACAUGUCAGUCAGAAGGAUAUCCAGAAGCUGAAGUGAUAUGGCAAAAUAGAAACUAUGAAGAUUUGACUUAUAAGGCAAACACAAGGUUUGAAACUGCAAGUGACCGGUUGUACCGUGUGACAAGUACCCUUACCAUCAAAAGUGGAAUUGACGAGAUUUUUUACUGUAUAUUCUGGAAUAAAGAGCUGCAAGAAAAUACAACUGCCAUUUUACACAUAGCAGAUUCAACUGAUGGCAUUCUCCAGACUGAGAGCAGACGCUUUGUUGGAGCAACUCUCAUGGCUACUGCUUUUGUUGGAUCAGUGCUUCUAUUUCUGCUCUGCAUAAGAAAAGCUAAAGCAAAUAAGGGCAACAGAACACCUGUGGCAAGUCCAUCAAUAGGAGUGCUGUCAAAAGAUAAGGAUACACACAACUGCAGAGAUGCUUCUUUUGAAGACCAAGAGCUGAAAUAUAUGCAAAUUGAGAAGACCUAGAGAGAGCAGGAGAAGACUUUUUUCCUCUAUUGUGAAGAUUUGACAGCUCAAAUGUUCUGUGUUCUAUGUAUUGAAGGGGAUAUUAAUUUUUUGUAUUUAUUGUGUGAUGGCAAUCUUCUAUAUUGUUGUAACACAGGAAAAAAUGUAAUAAAGUUAAAAUAAUUAUUAUAGCAUAAAAAUUAUUGAAUGCAGGCUUCUGUAUAUAUGACUAGAUUUUGAGGUAUUUAUUUAAAUAUCAAAGUUUUUACUUUGUCAAGUGUAGGCAAAUGUGUCUUUCAAAGAUUUCAUUUAAUUGAAUGUAACUUUCAGAUAAAGCACUUUAGGUCUAUGACCAUCAUGAAUUUCAUAGCUAGCUCUUGAUAGGUCAUCUUCUGAAACUUUUUUAUUCCUUCACCUGAGCUCUCAAUUUCCUGCACGUAACUGGUUUUCCAUCAUUUAAAGAAUCUUUUCAAUACUUUGAUCUUCAUAAAAGGUGCAGCAAGACAAGUUGCCAUACAUACAGGGCAUUUUUGGUCCUUAAAAUACCAGAUGCUCACAGCUAAGUAUGAAAAAAUGAUUUAAAACUCUUGGUAUCUAUGGUUUGGAAAUUAAAUAAUACUAAGCUUUUUGAUAUCUUUCUUUGAAAAGCAUUUUGGGCAUUUAAUUUCCUCAUGAUAUUGUUGGCACUACUUGGUUUCUGCUUACUGUCUUCUGAUUUACAGUCUGGGGAUAAUAAAAUUCUUUGGACAUUUAGGAAAAGCAGCCCUUGCUUUGGAUGACCAUUUUGUUUUCUUGGGAAUGGAAGAAAGAAAACCUACUUACUUCUAGGACAUGAAAAUACAUGCACAUGUGAUUACAUAGAAAUGCUGAAGAAAUCUGUUAUUAUUGUGUUACAUACAUACACAGGUGAAAAAAAUUUAUUACAAUGGUAUUCACAAUUGUGUUUUUUAAUAAAAUAUGU